AUGGCUGAUACUGGCGGCAGCACUUCCUCCUCUUCGUCGCAUACUCUCACGCAUGCGCCAAACAUGGCGUUCCUCUCCGCAUUUACCGACUCUUCGAAACCUGGCGCCGCCUCCGAUAUGCUGGCUCUCUAUGAAGCCAUCAAGGCUGGCAACCGUCACAGCUUUUUACAACCGUCCCCUUCCGUGUCCAAUGCUUCACUGCAGCUUGCCAAGGCGACUCUUGAUGCGUACGCAGGUCAGAUCAGCGAUGAGCAACAACAACGACUGAAAGAAGCCCACAAGAAGAGGAAGCGAGCCGAUGGCAACGCCGGAAAAGGCGAGGUCCUGAAGAUUCGGAAAUUGCACGUUGAUGGCUUCGAGAAUGGCCAAGUCUGGCAGCAAGCCAGAAGGAUCAUUGCCAGCGCUCUUCAAGACUCGCAAGAAGUCAUUGAAGAACUGGAAGAUGUCAACCAGAUGGAGACUAAUGGAGUGAAUGGGGCUAUUGAGGAGCUUGAAUCUGACGAUGAAGACGCCUUGUCUGGAUCUGAAGAGGAUUCUGCAGCCGAAGGAGAGUACUUUUCAGGUGAAGAAGAGGGCAGUCUUCUAGAUGGCGAGGAAGAGGACAUGGAGGAUGGUGAGGGUCUAGAAGACGAUCAAGUCGAUGGUGAUCUCGGCGAGUUUGACGAAGAGGAAGAUGCCGAAGGUGACAGCGACGAAGAGGAGGAUGAAGAAGCUGAGCUCGUUGAGGAUCCCAACGGUUUGAAUGACGGUUUCUUCGACAUCGACCAAUUCAACAAACAAAGUCAAUGGUUCGAGAAUCAAGAUGCCAGAGCCGACCCCAACACGGACGCAGGAAGCGAUGAUGAUGAGAUCGAUUGGCAUGGCAAUCCAUUAGAAGACAAACCCUCGGCCAAAGGAAAGAAAUCUGCGGAUGAUAUCGAAGAAGACCUUGACUCGGACGAUGAGGAGGGUGGACCCACGUUUGGCGACAUGGACCUGGAUGCGCCCGAAGGCGAUAGCGACAUGGGAGAAGACGAAGAAGAAGGUGACCUAGAUGAUGACAACGAGUUCAACGCCAAUGAUGUCUUCUAUAAAGACUUUUUUGCACCGCCAGCGAAGAAGGGCGCCAAGAACGGAAAACCCCGAAAACCCAGAGCUCCCAAAUACCAAGCACCAAACGACGAUGACGUUGCUCGUGCCAUGGACGACGUCAAGAGGGAUCUGUUCGAAGAUGAAUCUGACAUGGAGAACUCUGAUGAUGCACUAUCGGAGGUCUCUGCUGGCGACCCGCGAUCUCGCAAGUCGGCGCACGAAAGAAGACAGGCAAAGUUGGCGGAAGAAAUCCGCAAACUGGAAGCUGAAAAUGUAGCACAAAAGAAGUGGACGUUAAGUGGUGAAGCAGCGGCUACAGAACGACCCAUGCACUCGCUUCUAGAGGAGGACCUAGACUUUGAGCAUGUCGGCAAGCCAGUGCCCGUGAUCACACAGGAAGUCAGCGAGAGCAUUGAAGAUAUGAUCAAGCGACGAAUUUUGGCCCAAGAAUUCGAUGAGGUCAUCAAAAGGCGCCCCGACACUGAUGGACCGGCGAAUACUCGACGUGGCUUGCUCGAGCUAGACGAUGGGAAGAACAAGCAGAGUCUGGCCGAAAUUUAUGAAGAAGAACACGUCAAGAACGCCAACCCAGAUGCAUACGUCAGCAAGGCCGACGAGAAGCUUCGUAAAGAGGAGAAGGAGGUCGAGCAGAUGUGGAAGGAACUGAGUGCCAGUCUCGAUGCACUCAGCAGCUGGCAUUACAAGCCAAAGCCUGCAGCUCCAUCCCUUACGGUCGUGGCCGACGUUGCGACUGUCAGCAUGGAGGAUGCUCAGCCUGGCACAGCUCAAGGUGUCAGUGGAGGCGACAACACGCUGGCACCGCAAGAGGUCUACAAGGCCGGUAAGGACACUGCAGAGAAGGGCGAGGUGGUCGGCAAGAGUGGCUUGCCUGUCGCCAAGCAGGAGCUCAGUCGGGAUGACAAGACAAGGAGGCGGAGGAGGACCAAGGAGAGAAUACGCAAGGCUGGUGGCAUUGGCGGCCAGAAGCUGUCUGGCAAAGCACAGGCUCAGCAGCAAGCCAUUAGCGAUCUCAAGAAGGGUGGUGUCAAGGUCAUCAACAAGAAGGGAGAGCUUGUUGACACCGAGGGUAACAAGGCAAAGGCUGCCAAGGCUCUGUCGAGUAACAAUUUCAAGCUGUAG